AUGUGUGAAAUGUUUAAUCGUAAAUGUCCAGGUAUUCUACAGAAUGCCGGAUUUUAUACUUUCCCGCUCUCACAGUUUGUGACAGAGGAUGUACAGCCAGUGAUGGAUUUGGAUUCAACAAUGAGUUCUCACCCUAUUGUACAACCCGUCACGCAUCCUGAUGAAAUCACAGAAAUAUUUGACGAUAUUUCCUACGGAAAGGGUGCAUCAGUCCUUCGAAUGCUGGAGUUUUUUGUUGGAAAAGACAACUUUCGUAGAGGUAUAUCGCGAUUUCUCAAGAAAUAUCAGUUCAGAAAUGCGCAAACAGCAGAUCUGUGGCAGGAGCUUUCAAAUGAAUGCGGGUAUCAGGGAAACCAUACCAUUGCCAGUAUCAUGAAAACUUGGACAGAACAAAUGGGUUUUCCGUAUAUUGAUAUAGGAAGGAGUGCUGAAAAUUCUUCAGUUUUUGUUGCAAAACAGAAAAGAUUUGUAAAAAAUGAGGCACUUUAUCGCCAAAAAAUGAACUCUUCAAAAGAGUAUACAUGGAGCAUACCUCUAAGUUACAUAACUGAAAAUGGGCAAACUGACAUAGUCUGGAUUUUUGAUGAAAAAGAAGCCGAAUUUACUGUUCCUGUCGUUCAUAAUGAAUGGGUGAAAUUCAACGUGAACCAGACUGGAUAUUAUUUGGUUAAUUACGAAGAAAAUGACUGGAAUAGACUGACAGAAUUAUUGAUGUCUAGUCAUGAGUCGCUGUCGCCAUCAGAUAGAUCCAAUCUUCUCUUCGACACAUUCCUUUUGGCGGAAGCUGGCCACAUUCAGUUUGAUGUAUUCUUGUCCAUGACCAAGUACCUGAAAAAUGAAACUCAUCUCAUACCUUGGGAAACUGCCUACGCCUCUUUUGUUUACUUGUGCCAAUUACUUGAAUUUACGGAUGUCAACUUUUUGCUGAAGAGCUAUGUAAAAGAUCUCACAGAUGCUUUAUAUAAAACAUUAGGUUGGAAAACUACAGAAAACCAUUUAGACAAUUUGUUAAGAACAACUAUAAUUGGUUUAGCAUGUCACAGUGGAAACCAAAACUGCCUAGCAGAUGCAUCACAGUUGUUUCAAAAUUGGACUCAAGGUCAAGAAAUUCCGUCGAACUUGAGAAGUUUGGUAUACCACUAUGGCAUGGCCGAAAUCGGAAGGGAAGAACAUUGGAAUUACAUGUGGAACAAGUUCCUUAAGGAAGAAUCUCCUCCUGAGCGAAAAACUUUAUUGUAUGGUCUCGCUCACGUCCGAGUUCCGUAUCUUAUUCACAGGUAUUUAGAAUAUGCAAUGGAUGAUACAAAAAUUCGAAGGCAGGAUUUCUUUGCCGUAUUAAGCUAUAUUGCAGGUAAUCCUGUAGGUCGGCCUUUCGUGUGGAAUUUUAUAAAAGAAAAGUGGCCAGUAUUAGUGGAGAAGUUCACAUUAAAUGACCGCUAUCUUGGACUAGCAGUAAAAAAAGUUUGUAGUUACUUUACAUCGGAUUUAGAAUUGCAAGAGAUGAAAGCUUUCUUUGCUAAAUACCCAGACGCUGGUGCAGGGAAACGAAAACGCCAGCAGGCUUUGGAGAAUGUCCAGAACAAUAUCAAAUGGCUUAAGACUUACAAACAAAGAGUAAAAUCAUGGCUGGAAGUAGAAGGAACAGCACCAUGGUAUUACUAUCGCCUACCAUCUCAUAUUAAACCAGAGCACUACGAAAUUCUUCUUUAUCCGAUGCUGGAAGCAGAUACCUUUAAUGGUACUGUAACAAUUACAGUAAAUGUGCAAAAACCAACAGACUGCUUUUUGGUACAUGUGCUGGAUUUAAAUGUCACCAGGUCUGAAGUAAGAUUCGCCUUAGAUGAUUCACUUUUGAUGUUAGAAGAUGUAUUUCCAUAUGAAGAGAAUAACUACCUUGUAUUGAAAGUUAGCGAUAAAGUGCCACCUGGUAGAUAUAAACUAUUUUUCCAGUUUGAAGGACCCUUAACACUCUCUUUAAAAGGACUGUACAAGAGUUCGUAUGUGGAUCCUGAUUCAAAAGAAAGAAAAUAUUUAGCUGUAACGCAGUUCGAAGCCAUAGCAGCAAGGAGAGCCUUUCCUUGUUUUGACGAGCCGAUAUUUAAAUCAACAUUUACUGUCCAAAUCAUUCAUAAUGCUAGCUAUUUCGCUCUCUCCAAUACAAUGGCGGAGGAGAUCGUUGAGCUGGAUAAUGGUCGUCUAUUGACAAAAUUUGAAAAAACAGUGCCCAUGGUAACUUAUCUUCUGGCAGUGGUUGUCUGUGAUUUCAAAUUUAAAGAAACGAUUACAGAAAAUGGAGUCAGGUUGAGGAUUUAUACCGCACCACAUCAUAUCGAGAAGACAAGUUACGCAUUAGAAAUGGGGAGUAAAACGCUCAGCUAUUAUGAAAAAUAUUUUGAUGUUGCUUUUCCUUUAAAGAAACUUGAUAUGAUAGCAAUUCCAGACUAUGGAGGAGGGGCUAUGGAAAAUUGGGGCUUAAUUACCUUCUCUGAACCUGGUUUGAUUAGUGAAAAUAUCUCUUCUAUAGCAAGUAGAUUUCAAGUGUCUGAGUUAAUCGCACAUGAAAUAGCACAUAUGUGGUUUGGAAAUCUAGUGACUAUGAAAUGGUGGGAUGAUCUUUGGUUAAAUGAAGGUUUUGCUACUUAUAUGUCGGAGAAAGGACUCAAAAACAUGGAUCCGGAGCUCGAUGAAUUUGAGCAUGAAGCCACAGAUACUUUGUGCCGUGCAAUGCUGAGUGAUAAGACUGUUAAUUCUCACGCUAUAGUUCAACAAGUAACGAUCAUCAAUUCAGAUAUAUUUGAUAGCAUAGCAUAUUCUAAGGGAUCAUCAAUUCUCAGAAUGUUGGAGAACUAUAUGGGAGAAGAUUUCAGGCAAGGUGUAUCUAAUUAUUUGAAAAUGUACGCAUAUGGCUCUGCAAAAACCGACGAUUUGUGGACUGAAUUAACAGCAGCUUCGAAACAAAGUUUAAAUGUCUCUUUGAUAAUGGACACGUGGACAAAGCAGAUGAAUUAUCCCUACAUAAAUGUAGAAAGAAGUGAUGAUGGCGGGUAUGUCGUUCAGCAGCAUAGAUAUUUAGAAGACCCAGAAAGUAAAAUUUUUGCGACGAAGCUUUCACCUUAUAACUACAUUUGGCAAAUUCCUCUUACAUACAGAACAGCAGAAAGUGAAGAUGUAUCGUACAUUCUUCUAAAUACAUCUGAAAAAGUGAACCUGUCUUUACCAAAAUCAGAGUGGAUAAAAUUUAAUGUUAAUUUUACUAGUUAUUAUUUAGUAAACUAUGAUUCAAAAGAUUGGAGAAAAUUUAUUCAUAUUUUACAAGAUGAUUAUACGGUAUUCUCUUCGUCUGACCGAGUUAAUCUAUUGUUUGAAGCAUUUGCUCUCGCUUCCGCUGGGCACCUGGACUAUGAAAUACCUCUGAAUUUAACCUUCUACUUGAAAAACGAAACAUUCCAUGGGGCAUGGAGUAUUGCUCUUGAAAAAUUAGUCCACAUAAAGGAGCACUUCAGAACAGAUCGAGAAACACGUGAUAUUAUAAAAGUAAGGAAAUUCAGCAAAUUAUUCUCCUCUAAUGAACUUUGCUUUAUAAAGCAUUCAGCAUUUGCUUAUUCUAUUUAUUAUAUAUUGCAUUUACUCAGGUAAUUUUUCCUCUUUUUA